AUGGAGCCCGGCUGUGAUCCCGGCUGGAGCCCGGCUGUGAUCCCGGCUGUGAUCCCGGCUGUGAUCCCGGCUGGAGCCCGGCUGGAGCCCGACUGUGAGCCCGGCUGUGAGUCCAGGUGUGAGCCCGGCUGUGAGCCCGGCUGUGAGCCCGGCUGUGAUCCCAGGUGUGAGCCCGGCUGGAGCCCCCAUGGAGCCCCAUGGAGCCCGGCUGUGAUCCCGGCCGCGUUCCCGGCUGUGAUCCCCGCCGUGAUCCCGGCCGUGUUCCCGGCUGUGAUCCCCGCCGUGUUCCCGGCUGUGUUCCCCGCUGUGAUCCCCGCUGUGAUCCCGGCUGUGAUCCCUGCCGUGAUCCCUGCCGUGUUCCCCGCCGUGUUCCCGGCCGCGUUCCCGGCUGUGAUCCCCGCUGUGAUUCCGGCUGUGAUCCCAGGUGUGAUCCCGGCUGUGAUUCCCCAUGGAGCCCGGCUGGAGCCCGGCUGUGAUCCCAGGUGUGAUCCCGGCUGGAGCCCCCAUGGCAGCCCGGCUGUGAUCCCCGCCGUGUUCCCGGCUGUGAUCCCGGCUGUGAUCCCCGCUGUGUUCCCGGCUGUGAUCCCGGCUGUGAUCCCCGCUGUGAUCCCCGCUGUGAUCCCGGCUGUGAUCCCGGCUGUGUUCCCGGCUGUGAUCCCGGCUGUGAUCCCGGCUGUGAUCCCCGCUGUGAUCCCGGCUGUGAUCCCCGCUGUGAUCCCGGCUGUGAUCCCGGCUGUGAUCCCCGCUGUGAUCCCCGCUGUGAUCCCGGCUGUGAUCCCCGCCGUGUUCCCGGCUGUGAUCCCGGCUGUGAUCCCGGCUGUGAUCCCGGCUGUGUUCCCGGCUGUGAUCCCGGCUGUGAUCCCCGCUGUGAUCCCCGCUGUGAUCCCGGCUGUGUUCCCCGCUGUGAUCCCGGCUGUGAUCCCGGCUGUGUUCCCGGCUGUGAUCCCGGCUGUGAUCCCCACCGUGUUCCCCACCGUGUUCCCAGCCGUGUUCCCCGCCGUGUUCCCGGCCGCGUUCCCGGCCGCAGCCCCGCGGCGCCGCCGCUCCGCUCCGCUCCCUGCCCGCGCCCCCUCCACCGCUGCAAAGGGAACUUCUGCUCGCUGGGCUCUGCUCUGCUGCUGUGGAACAGCACACAAUGAGGUACACCGUGUACUUCUACUCUAG